UCCGAGGCUAUCCAUCAAGCCGUUGCUACUUGCACUACAAUCAACCAAAUUAGUCAACAAAAUAACAGAUAGGUUCUGACAAUUUGAUGGCUCUUUCAUGAUCCUAUCAAUGAGACUGUUCUGAGAUAGAUAAACAGCUUUAGAUGCAAAAUCCCCUGCCUCGUUGCUGGUGUUCUUAUAAGUUGGGAAUGCUGGUGAUCCUUGGAUGCUGGGAGUUUCCAUUAUUCCUUGCUUGUCUGAUGCAUUAACUGGAGAUUAGGCACGGAAAGAGUGCCUUGUACUUUGGAUCAGAGUGACAGUAGUGUCGGUUACGAGAAAGCUUUGGCCAGUCUUCUUCGGGGGCAUCGCUUCUCUCCCUCCUCUGCAAAGGACGAAUCGCUUCCAAAGUAUACUUGUCGUGGGAUCCCACGAAUCUCGCUCGACGUCUCCUUCAAUCCAACCCCUCUGCUUCUUCUUUCCUUCUUCUUCUUGUUCUGCUUCUUCCAGCUCUCGACAUUCGCAAGACACAGAGAGAAAGAUGGCGAAGGAGAAGGAGGUCAUUCGGCUGGAGCGCGAGUCGGUGAUUCCGGUCCUGAAGCCGAACCUCAUCAUGACCUUGGCCAAUCUCAUCGUGCGUAGUAAUGACCGUAAAGAGUUUUUAAAGUUGUGCAAGAGAGUUGACUAUACGAUUCGAGCCUGGUAUCUUCUGCAAUUCGAGGACUUGAUGCAACUUUACUCUGUCUUUGAUCCUGUGGAUGGGGGUCAGAAGCUGAAACAGCAAAACCUAUCUUCUGAAGAGAUUGAUGAACUUGAGCAAAAUUUUCUUUCGUACUUAUUUCAGGUUAUGGAUAAGAGCAACUUCAAAAUUGCUACAGAUGAGGAAAUUGAUAUUGCACUUUCUGGCCAGUAUCUCCUUAAUCUUCCAAUUAAAGUCGAUGAAUCCAAGCUUGACAAGAAUCUUCUGAAAAGAUACUUCGCAGAGCAUCCUCAAGAAAAUCUUCCAGAUUUUGCAGAUAAGUACAUUAUAUUCAGACGCGGCAUUGGGAUAGAUCAAACAACAAGUUACUUUUUCAUGGAGAAACUGGACAUUAUCAUCGCACGUAUUUGGGCAUAUAUUUUGAAACUCACCAGGAUUGAGAAACUUUUGCCUAGAAGGUCAAGUGCACGUAACAAGAGAGAUCCAAAGAAGAAUGAUGAAAUCGUGACUGAAGGAGAGCAAAAUGACUUCUAUGUAGAACGAAUUCGUAUAGAAAAUAUGCAUAUAAGUUUUCGCAAUCUUCUGAGCAAGAUUACUAUCCAAGAACCCACCUUUGACAGGAUAAUCGUUCUUUACAGGCGCUCAAGUCCCAACUCGAAUGCUGAAAGAGGAAUAUACUUAAAGCAUUUCAAAAACAUUCCAAUGGCAGAUAUGGAGAUAGUACUUCCGGAAAAGAAAAAUCCUGGGUUGACUCCAAUGGACUGGGUGAAAUUUCUUGCCUCUGCCGUAGUUGGUCUGGGAGCUGUGGUUGGUUCUCUUGACAUGCCUAAAGUUGAUCUAUGGAUUUUUGCGGCGCUUUCUACAGUGAUAGGUUACUGUGCAAAAACAUAUUUCGCAUUUCAGCAAAAUCUGGCUGCAUAUCAGAACUUAAUUACCCAAUCCAUGUAUGACAAACAAUUAGACAGUGGGAAAGGGACUCUUCUGCACCUGUGUGAUGAUGUGAUCCAACAGGAAGUCAAAGAGGUGAUUGUGUCAUACUUCAUACUGGUGGAGCAAGGGAAAGCUACUAAACGGGAUUUGGACAUACGAUGUGAAGAGCUAAUAAAAGAAGAGUUUGAUGCGAGAUGCAAUUUUGAUGUGGAUGAUGCAGUUGGGAAACUAGAGAAAUUAGGCAUUGUUGAUCGGGAUCUUUUUGGAAGAUACCAAUGUGUAGGCCUCAAACGUGCUAAUGAGAUCAUUGGAACCACGACAGAGGAACUUGUCCUCAAGGCAGAACAGUCCACGAUUGCUUCCUGAUGGUAUUGAAGGCGGAUCUCCGCUGCAAUGCUUUCACAUUAAAACGGAGUGCCUAACCUUUGGAGUCGUUUGCACGUAUGCCAGUUAGUCCUCAAACCUUUCUGGAAAAAAGGAAGUCGCAGCGGCCACUAUAUACUUGCCAUCCGGAGUGUUCAUUUGUUCAUUUUAAUAUUGUAAUUAUUGUUAUGCAAAUGCUAGAAGUGGCCGUGUGCCGCAGACCUGGAUAUAGGAAGGAUGGUGGCGGAAGUAGGUUUGUUCAGUUUCAUGUCGUUCGAUCUACAGAGUCCGGAAUGUGAAUCCUACGAGUUCUUGAAACCAAACGACAACACCUCUAUCCAAAGAAUGCAUAGAUUCCAUCAAUGCCCCAUUUCACUGCAAUCAAAAGAAUGCAAUAGAUUCUUCACUGCAA